AUGCUCACGUUCGACAAACUCGUCAAGGGCGCGACCAAAGUCAAGGUUGCGGCGCCAAAGCCGAAGUACAUUGAGCCGCUUUUGCUCUCUACCAGUUCCACGCGCUACGAGGAGUUCAUCGAGAUCAUGCAGGCAAUAGGCCUGCGCAUCAAGGACCCGGCAUGGUCUGUGGUCUACAAGGCGUACAUUGUGCUUCACAUCAUGGUGCGCGAGGGCGAGACGGGCUUGGUAUUGAAGUACCUCACGGAACACCCGAAGUACUUAAAGCCAACCGCGAUUGUGCAAUCCGCCAACCACAAUCUGGGCUUCGGCAGCGGACUGAACAGCGAUGCGGCGUUUGUCAUUCGCUAUGCAAAGUAUUUGGAGUGCCGCGCGGUGGAAUUCGACGGACCCCAGAUCGAUUACGUGCGAAACGGCCGCAUGUCCAACAGCUUCACCUCAAAGAAGCAGGACGGCGGCAGAUUGCGGUCGCUCACCGUCGACAAAGGACUCUUGAAGGAGGUGGAGAGCGUCAUAGCGCAGAUUGCGUCCUUAGUUGGCUGUAAGUUCACCGAGGGUGAGGUCAAUAACGACGUUAUACUCACCGCAUUCCGCAUGUUGGUGAACGAUUUGCUUGCGUUGUACCAGGCGCUCAAUGAGGGAGUGAUCAACAUCUUAGAGCACUUUUUCGAGAUGCGCUUCUUUGAUGCAGAACGUGCCUUCAAAAUCUAUGUCAAAUUUGUCGCAUUGACCGAAAAGGUUGUCGCGUAUUUGCGUGUUGCCAAACACUUAGAAUAUUACACAAAGUCGCACGUUCCGACAAUCAAGCACGCACCAACGGCGUUGACAUCAUCGUUGGAAGAGUACUUGAAGGAUGUGAACUUUGAAACCAACAGACAGCAAUACUUGGCUGAAAAGGGUAAGAAAGAGGGAGUGACGGAGCCAAAGGUUCAGGAGAAGGCCCAGCCUCAAUCUCAGGUUCAAUCUCAGGUCCCUUCUCAGACUCAAAUUCCGUCUCAGGCUCUGACACAGUCUCAGAUCCCUGCUGCUGCUCAAAUAACCCAGCAGACGGUCACUGUGCCUAAUCCAUGGGGUGGGCUCUCUUUGACCCCGCAGGUGGCCACUUUCACCCCGUAUGAGCAAGGUCAAACCCCCAGCGUGGCCAAUUUGCAGCCGUUGUCUGCCGAGGUGCUCAGCUACACCGGCCAGCCGUUUGUGUUUGCCCAGAAAACCUCCUUGCCUACGGGUGCAGGCUUUGGUACACAGCCCCAACCACAACAAAAUCAGAUGUUCGCUGGCCAGCCACAGGCAUUCGCUAGCCAGCCGACCCAAGCAUUGAAUGCCCAGCCUCAGGCAUUUACUGGCCAACCGGCAUUUAAUUCCCAAUCACUGGCAUUUACUGGUCAGCCACUAGCAUUCGUACAAAACCAGGCAUUCACCCACCAACCUUCUGAGGUAUUUUCUCAGACUGCUUUCACCGGCAACUUCACUGGUGUGCAACCUUCGACUGUAUUCUCGCAACAGCCAGCGUCCUUUUCUAACUCGUUCACUGGCCAGCCCCUGAAAACCGCUUCGACCUUCACUGGUACACCACAACAAUCAGUCGAACCACUUAAGCCAAUUGCUACCGGUACCAAUAAUCCGUUCUCCCGCGAUAACACGGUUGUUUCGGCUACAAUCAUGUCUGUGAACCGUGCGCAGUCCAAUCCGUUUUCUAGUAAGAGAUCUUCUUCCUCUAGCGUGCUCCCGGCUGUGGGCGAAAACUCCGUUGCGAACCUGAUGGGUAGACCGUUAUCUCUCCAACAGACUGGUACCAACCCAUUCAUGGCAAAGUCCGUCACUGGAGGCCCCUCCUUGGGGAUGUCCCCACAGGUCACCGGUCUGAAUCCGUUCCGCUUGUCGAGCCAGGCACCAAAUUCCCAGGUCUUUCCUCAGCAGCAACAAUCUUUGCAGCCACAGUUCACAGCCGGUGGAUUGGAAAGAUUGCCUACGGUUCCUGUCUUUCCCGAAACUCAGCAAGCUGCAAUUCUGGAGCAGGCACAGAUGAAGGCCAGACACGAACUUGAGCAGUCGAUGUUGCAACAGCGGCAGCAGCAGCAAAUGCAACAAAAGCAGCAGCAGCUCCAACAGCAACAAGCGAACCAGCAGCAAUAUCACCAGCAACAACAGAUGAUGCAGCAGCAGGCGUUGAAUCAACAGGCUACGGGUUGGGGGUUCCAGCAGCAACCUACCGGUGCGUUCCAGCAACAACCACAGUUCCAGCAAACAGGCCUGCUUCAGCAGGCCCAGCCUCAAACCACUGGAGGUUUCUAUAGUGGGCCUAGUUUGAUCUAA